CUCUCUUUCAAAUCAAAUGUCUUCUAGUUCAUCUCUUUCUCUCAUGAUCAUGGGUUAGAUUGAUCACAUGUUCUCUUAUUCAAAUGAUCCCAAAUCAUCCUAUUAUUCUUUCCCGCCUUUUUUAGCAUAAAAUCUCAACUCCAUUUGAUCAAAUUUCAAAAAAGAAAAGUGAAGAGAAGAGAAGAUGAGCUUGUUAAAAGGGAUGGGAUCAAAUUCAUGGCAUCCGGUUAUGGGUGAGGCAGAUACAACUAAUAGUAGCUAUUGGUUCAACUGGAGGGUGUUUGUUUGUGCCAUAUGGAUUAUAGUUUCCUUAGUUUUCUCAUAUUUACUCAUUUCAAAAUACGAAGGCCCUCGAAGAAGAAAUGGAGAAAACGAUGAAAAUGGAAAAGAGGUACCGGGUAUGUUAUACGAAGACGAAACAUGGAUGCCUUGUUUAAAAGGCAUCCACCCCGCUUGGCUUCUCGGUUUUCGCCUCUUUGCUUUCUUCGUACUUCUCAUUCUCUUGAUUCUAAAUGUUAUUGCCGAUGGAACCAACAUCUUUUACUACUAUACUCAAUGGACUUUUGCACUUAUAACUAUUUAUUUUGGGCUUGGAUCAUUGCUGUCCAUUUACGGUUGUAAUUACCAACAUCACGCCCAAAAUGUGGGAGACCCCGAGUGUGCCCAUGAAUCUAUAGGCGGUAAAUUCGACAAUGGACGUCGCAAAAUUGCAGGGUUUUGGGCAUACUUCUUCCAAAUGAUAUUCCAGAUGAGUGCAGGUGCUGUGGUUCUUACAGAUUGUGUCUUCUGGUUCAUAAUCUUCCCAUUCUUGGAAAUCAAACAAUAUAACAUUAACUUUAUAGUAAUAAAUAUGCAUACCAUGAAUGCUGUUUUUCUGCUGGGAGACACAGCAUUGAACUGCUUGAGAUUUCAAUGGUUUCGCAUAUCUUACUUUUUCCUGUGGACAAUAUUCUACGUGAUUUUCCAAUGGGUCGUCCAUGCUUCCUUCACACUUUGGUGGCCGUACCCAUUUCUUGACUUGUCAUCGCCAUUUGCUCCCUUAUGGUAUUUGUCGAUGGCUCUCAUGCAUAUCCCAUGCUAUGUUGUCUUUGUUUUGAUCAUGAAAUUGAAGUACUUCUUGCUGUCAAAGUGGUUCCCCACUUCCUACCAAUGUGUCAAGUACUAGUUGUGUGCAUUGUCAAGAGAUUAAUUACCUUAAUUGGAUAGGACACAUAUAGAAGAAGAAGAGAACAACAGUUUGUCUAUAAACUUUCAAUAAUAUGGUUUCUAAAGCAUAUUUCAAUAGAUUUUUUCUAUAUGGGUUUCAUUAUACUAGCCCAUAACUGUUGAUUGAUAAACCAACACAGAAAAGUAA